AAUUGUUCGUUUCAGGUUCUAAUAUUUGGCUAUAGAACCACAAAGGAAAGUUGCUAACCUAAGAAACUGAGCUCUUACUUGGUGCUGCUAAGAGUAGGACAUAGUGAGAUUUAUUGGUUAGCAUGGAUGUUCCAUCGCAGAUGGUUAAUAAUUAUGGGUUGUGUUUGGAGUCCAAGUUAUUCAACAAUGAUGGCCAACUAAAACUAAAAGGUGGAGGCUUCACUAUUCCCUGUCAACACCCAUUUACCUACCAGCCAGGUUGCAAUGCAAGUAUAUCCACGAGUGAUAAUAUUUCACCGCAGUCAAUUUUGUUUCCCAAGAAGGUUUCUUCUAUGGAGAGUGACUUGAAUGCAAAGAAACAUGAGUUGUUUACCCAAAAAGGCCUACAAACAGCACCAUAUGAUCUGGCAGGAGAUUACAAGAGAAUGAAGAAGUUGCAGGUACCAGUAAGGAGAAGCCAAAGGCUUAGCGAUAAAGUUACUGCCCUUCAAAAGCUUGUUUCACCUUUCGGCAAGACGGAUACUGCAUCUGUUCUUCAAGAAGCCUGUCUUUACAUCAAAUUUGUUCAAGAGCACAUUCAGAAUCUACUUCAAAUGCAGAGUAGCUCAUAUAAAAGCCAAAUUCCUGAGGAAAUUCAACAGAAGCAAAGAAAUUUAAGAAGUGAAGGACUGUGCUUAGUUCCUGUUACUCUUACUCAGAAAAUAGCCAUUAAUAAGGACAAAUAUGAUCCAACCCCAUAAUUUUAAUUGAUUUUACACCCUCUUUUUCUUUUUUCUUUUUCCUUUUUCUUUUUCCUCUCUUGUCUAAAGAGGGGUUGGUGGAGAAUUUUAGUAAAUUUGGUGUCCUAAAUAGUAAAUUCAGUAUGAUGUAUCAAAACGACGUGUCGAUUCACCAACCCUAUUAUGUGGGAUAGUUUUAAGAUAAAUGAAUUAGUGAUUAUAAAUUUUUGCU